GUCCUGGGGGCCCCCAGCGGGAGCCUCGGACCCGGGUCACCAGGGGCGGGGCUCCGAGAGAGGGGCCGCCGGGGGUUUCUAAGCCAUGGAACCUGGCUCAGUGGUUCGUGCUAUCUUUGACUUCUGCCCAAGUGUAUCAGAGGAACUGCCCCUAUUUGUAGGGGAUGUCAUUGAGGUGCUGGAAGUAGUAGAUGAAUUUUGGCUCUUGGGAAAGAAAGAAGAUGUUACAGGACAAUUCCCUAGCAGUUUUGUGGAGAUUGUGACCAUUCCCAGCAUGAAGCAUGGAGAAAGGCUGUUUGUCUGCAUCUCUGAAUUUUUAUCCCAGGAUAUGGAUAGUCUUUCCCUCCAUCGAGGUGACCUGGUAAUUCUAGAUGGCCCUCCUACCUCCAGCUGGCAAGAAGGUCGAAGUUGCUGGGGGACCAAGGGCUUUUUCCCAUCAUCAUGUGUACGAGAACUUUGCCUCUCCUCCAGAAGCCACCAGUGGGAAUCUCAGAGUACCCUGCUUCAGAUUCCUGAAUAUUCAAUGGGCCAAGCCCGGGCACUGAUGGGACUUUCGGCUCAACUGGAUGAGGAGUUGAAUUUCAGAGAAGGGGAUAUAAUCACCAUUACUGGCAUACCUGAACCAGGCUGGUUUGAAGGGGAACUUGAGGGCCAAAGAGGUAUAUUCCCGGAAGGUUUUGUAGAGCUUUUAGGGCCCUUGAGGACUGUGAAUGAACCAGUAAGUACAGAGAACUCAGGAUACAUUAUUAAUGGUGUGUUAGAUGUAGUUCAGGAAGAGAAGAAGAGAGGACCAGAGGAGGAUGAAAAUGAAUUGGGGACUUACGGUAUUGCCCUCUAUAAAUUCCAAGCCCUGGAACCAAAAGAACUGGACUUUGAAGUGGGAGACAGGAUCCAGAUUUUGAGGACAUUGGAAGAUGGCUGGCUGGAAGGAAAACUGAGGGGCAAGACAGGAAUCUUUCCCUACAGAUUUGUAAAAUUAUUUCCUAGCACAACAAUGAGGGAAGCUAUAGAUAUGCCCCAGGAGAGCGAUCAGAAUAAGAGUCCCAUAACUCUAUUAAGCAACCUGGAGACCUCCUUUGUAGUCCAUGAGGAAAAGAACAAGCUUUAUGAAUGUGAUGUAGAGGAAUCUACUUGUACUAUCUCUGAAACAUCCAGUUUGUCGCUGAACCAUCUGACUUUUGAUUGUGAAGAAGAUAAAAUUCUCCACGAAAGGGAGAGUGUGGGUGAGCUUCCAAGAAGCCCAGAAAGAGGCUGUAAAGAGCCUCUUAGCAAAGGUUUUCUUAGUACCAAUUCCACAAAACCAGUCAAUGGUGUUUUCUCACAGACUUCAAUUCUUCUUCAGCCCCCAAAGCAGAAAAACCUACAUUUCCACACUAUAAAAGAGACACAACUGAAUAUGGAAGCAGCAGAAAGCCACCAAAGUUCAGAAAGAUGCUUUGACACUCUCCCUUCAGAAGCAAAGGACAGGGAUAGCCUUUCUGUAUCAAUCAGAGAAACAUGUUCUCUGCCCAAAGCCCUGGAGGAUCUAGUGAGCCCUCUUCAGAGCAGCUCUGAAGCUUCAGGCUCUGGGCUAUUAAAGUCCAGUCAGCCAAGCCCUAAGCUCAACGAUGGGGCUGGCAGGACUAAAAACCAGCAACACAAACCUGGAGAGCAUUCCUCUGGCUUUAGCAGUAUAUCAAAAGGGAUGGAGAUACAGGCCAGUCUGCAAGCCAGGGGAACUGCCACUACAGCAUCAGUCUUUCCACAGGGAGAAGGCAGUACUGAUCUGGAUUCUAAAUUGACAGAGCAGUUGGCACAAUUUGAGAAGAGUCUAUCUGGACCUAAGGCAGAGUUGGACAAGAAAAUAUCCCGGCACUUUUCAAUCAUGGACUUUAGCUCUGAGAAGGAUAUCGUCCGUGGUUCUCCCACGCUAACAACACAGCAAGAGCCACCUGGAAGGCGAAAGGUCCUGAGGCCACCACCUCCUCGCCCUUGUGCUCCAGCAUCUACUCCUCCUCAUUUAUUGGUGAACCAGAACCUGAAACCUGAAUCCCCAUCUUUUUCAAUGAGGCCUUCCCGUCCAGCUCCUCUCCCUCCUUUGGCACCGCAGAGGAUGAAUUUAACGUCAGUCAAAUUCCAUCCUCCUCAGCCUUACUGUGAUACAUUAGAGAAAGAGAAUUCUAGUUACCUGGACAGGACCCUAGACCCAGACUCCCAGUAUUCCUUACUGCUUGUCAGAAUUCAGGAAAUGGAGCAGGACUUAGAGGAAUUUAGCAGGACUCGAGAGGAGCUAAACCUCUUGCUAGAAGAAAAGCAGGAUGAAGAACUAACAGCAGGGACACUGGAGAACCUGGAGUUCUGUGACUAUCACAUUGAAAGGCUGAAUAUGGAACUCCAGCACCUGCGAGAAAUGACACUCCUCUCCUCUCAGACUGCAUCCCUGGAGUCACCCUCUGUGUCUGUGGCUUCUGAUGACCCAGAGCAGAGAAUGCUGGAGAAGCGAGCCAAGGUGGUAGAAGAACUCCUCCAAACUGAAAGGGACUAUGUGAGGGAUCUUGAGAUGUGCAUUGAACAGAUCAUGGUGCCCUUGCAGCAGGCACAGGUGCAGAACAUGGAUUUUGAGGCACUUUUUGGAAACAUCCAGAUGGUGGUUAAUGUCUCAAAGCAGUUGCUGGCUGCUUUAGAAACCACUGAUACUGUAGGACCUGUAUUCUUGGAGCAUCGGGAUGAGCUUGAAGGAGUAUACAAAGUUUACUGCCAGAAUCAUGAUGAGGCCAUUGCACUGCUGGAGAUCUAUGAGAAAGAGGAGAAGAUUCAGAAGCAUCUUCUAGAAUACUUGGAAAACCUCAAGAGCCUGUACAGUGAAUGGGGUUGCACAAACUACAUUAACUUGGGCUCCUUCCUCAUCAAACCAGUGCAGAGAGUUAUGCGUUACCCACUGCUGCUAAUGGAGCUCCUGAAUUCUACUCCAGAGUCUCACCCUGACAAAGUUCCUUUAACCAGUGCUGUUCUUGCUGUCAAGGAGAUCAAUGUCAACAUCAAUGAAUAUAAACGUCGAAAGGACCUGGUCCUCAAGUACCGUAAAGGAGAUGAAGACAGCCUAAUGGAGAAAAUCUCUAAACUUAACAUCCACUCCAUCAUUAAGAAAUCCAACAGAGUAAGCAGUCACCUGAAGCACCUCACAGGCUUUGCUCCUCAGAUAAGAGAUGAAGCAUUUGAAGAAACUGAGAAGAACUUCAGAAUGCAAGAAAGACUUAUUAAAUCUUUUAUCCGAGACCUUUCCCUCUACCUUCAGCAUAUUCGUGAAUCAGCAUGUAUGAAAGUUUUGGCUGCUAUCAGCAUGUGGGAUGUGUGUAUGGAGAAGGGAAAUGGAGACUUGGAGAAAUUUGAGAAAGUACAUCGUUAUAUCAGUGACCAGCUCUUCACAGAUUUUAAAGAGAGGACAGAGCGGCUUGUCAUCUCACCCUUGAACCAGCUUUUGAGCAUGUUCACAGGACCCCACAAGCUGGUCCAGAAACGCUUUGAUAAGCUGUUGGACUUCUACAAUUGCACAGAACGGGCAGAAAAGUUGAAGGACAAGAAAACUUUGGAAGAAUUGCAGUCUGCCCGUAACAACUAUGAGGCCUUAAAUGCACAGUUGUUGGAUGAACUCCCUAAAUUCAGACAUUAUGCCCAAGGCCUUUUCUCCAAUUGUAUCCAUGGCUAUGCAGAGGCACACUGUGAUUUUGUGCAUCGGGCCCUGCAGGAGCUGCAGCCGCUGCUCACACUGCUUAAAGUUGCUGACAGAGAGGGAAACCUUAUCGCCAUCUUCCAUGAAGAGCACAGCCGAGUUCUUCAGCAGCUCCAGGUCUUUACUUUCUUCCCGGAAGCUCUUCCAGUCACUAAGAAGCCCUUUGAGAGAAAAACUAUGGAGCGCCAGUCUUCUCGGAAGCCUCUUCAGGGUUUGCCAAGCUAUAUGCUACAGUCAGAUGAACUCCGUACUACCCUGCUAGCCAGAUAUCCCCCUGAAAAACUCUUCCAAGCAGAACGAAACUUCAACGGUGCCCAAGACCUAGAUGUGUCACUACUCGAGGGAGACCUUGUGGGCGUAAUCAAAAAGAAGGACCCUAUGGGCAGUCAGAAUCGAUGGCUGAUUGACAAUGGAGUCACCAAAGGCUUUGUGUACAGCUCCUUCUUGAAGCCCUACAACCCACGCCGGAGCCACUCAGAUGUUUCUGUCGGCAGCCAUUCCUCCACUGAAUCGGAGCACAGCAAUUCUUCUCCCAAAUUCCCCAGAAAGAAUAGCAACAACGCCUUGUCUGUAAACCCUGGCAAUGUAGCAGUUGACUUCACCUCAGGACCACUCCAGCAGCCUGCUCAGAACUCUUCCUUGUGGCAAGAGUCUGGCCAGGAGAAUGUCCAUACUUCUUCAAACUCAGUUGUUCCUGAGGGAGGGCCUUCCAGAUGCCUCCUAGACAAAGACUCUCCUUCCCAAACUAGGUCAUGGAAUGCUGUGGACCUAGUAGACUUAACUAGAGAUGCUGACCAACAGACUCCUACCAUGAGAGGCUACCGACACUCCGGUCACCCUGAAACAGUUAGCCAAGUAGUGCCACGACGCAAUGGGCAGCCUAGGCAAGGGGGAGAUCUCUCAAAAGGAUAUUCGAAGAUGCUACCCUCAGUGGAAGAUCAAAAUGAAGAGCUGGAAAGCACUGAGGCCACAGGCAACCAGGUUUAUUUUGCUGUCUACACUUUCAAGGCCCGGAGCCCAAAUGAAUUGAGUGUGUUGGCCAAUCAGAAACUCAGGAUCCUUGAGUUCAAAGAUGUUACAGGAAACAAGGAAUGGUGGUUGGCUGAAUUGAAUGGGAAGAGAGGCUAUGUUCCAUCCAAUUAUAUCCGAAAAACUGAGUACACCUGAAUCUGCACUGCUUCCUAUUCAGUCCUGGUGCUUUUGUUUCCAGUUGGCAGCAGGGGUUCUAGGAGCCCACUGAAGAAAAGGGAGGAAAAAAAAGGGCACUAUGCCACCUAUAUCUGAUAUAGAGGGGUUGUCUGCACUGUUUAACCAUGGAAUGGCAGAGUACAGGAUUGAAACCUUAUUGUCUGCAAUGGUAUUACGAAUGCUGCUGCUCAUUAGAAUUAGUAGAACUUAAAAACGGACCCAGGACUUAGAGGUAGUUCAGACAUCACUGAGGGGAGAGACGAGACCUGGAAUCCACAUGGGGAAAGAACAUUUACAACCAGAAAAUUGGUGUUCCUAUACAUGAUGGUGAUAUGCCUUAGCCUCAGGAUCUUAGAGGUGAUUGGCACAGCUUGCUAUGCCAUAAGCUGGAUUUCAGCUUGUACACGGCCCCAGUAUCCAGCGAUGAGAUGCUGACUUGGAUCAAGUGAAAAGUUAUGGUUAUUCAAGUCAUGGCCUGACCUGUGACCCAUUUCAGACUGCUUCUGGUUGGUUCUUUACAAAUGGCAGUGACGUUGUUGGACCUAACAGACCUAAUGAUUGUAAGCCCCUUGAUACCGCCAUUCUCCAAUACACAAACACAUAUCCCUGACUUGAAAAAGCCCCCAAAUACUAACAACCCUUUUACUAAAAUGUUUCUCCCUUCCCCAGUUCUGGUAUGUGAAACAUCAGCUUUUUCUUUACUCCCUCUAAGGUGCUAUGGGUGUUUUAUUUUCUAUAUGCCCUUCACCUGAACAAAUUAUUUUUCCUGUCAUGGGGAAUAGAAUAGUUCUUCCCAUUAUAGCUCAUCUUCACCCAAGUGGAAAUGACCCUUUUUUAUUAUUAUCACAUCAAAUGUGAAUGAUACUUUCACAUAUCCUCUAGGAGGCUCCACAACUCUAACCCAGUAGGACUAGAGUUACAGCCAUUAGGUAAAGGGGCUUUAGAUCUAUGUUUGGGAUGUUGUUUGAGCCACACCAGCACGUUGGAACAUUUCCAGGGAUAUUUUGCCCUAGUUAGUCCAGCAAGCCUCUGUUACCUAGUAUAUCCCUGGAUGCUAGAAAGGUAGCCUCUUUAUCUUGUUAGACUAGGAUUUCAUAGAAUCAGUAGGGAGCUCUCUGAGGUGGACUGAAGCUGGAGAAGGAGAAUAGGGCCAUACACUCUAUGUACCAGUGGAAAUGUGCGUGUGUCUAUAUCCAGACACAGGAUUGCCAAGACCAGUAUUAUCUGCUCCAUGUUUUCUGUCAUCUCAGAACACACUCCCCAAUCUAUACUCAUGUUGGGGUCAUUUUCCACUAAAACACAUGACAGCAUACCACCCGUACCCCACCAUUCCCGUCCCCAGUCAGGGCAUGAUCCUAUUUGUUUACAAGAGGUUUCCUAUCUUGGAACCAUUCAUAAUUGGGUAUUCAGAAGAGCAGUCUCUCUGGAAUCCCCCUUUCAGCUUCUCUUCUUCAAAAUCAAGCCAUCCUUGAAUGAAUUAGGAAGAUAACAUGCCCUUUCCUUCCCGGGAAGAUGUCUACUGCUCUUACUCAUAGGAGAAGAAAGAGGUUCUCUCCCUUACUCUUGGACUGUGAGUAAUUUUAGAGUUGUGAAUACUGAACUAGUUCUUUUUGUAAAUAAAAUUUUUUAAGUGAAUGACCCUUGGCACAUUUUAUCCUUUAUUCAACAUAUUUUUGGUCUUUGGACAUUUCUCAAUAGAUGCCAUAGAAAUAAGCAGCUUCUAAAUAAAAGAAUGCUUUU